UCUUUUCUUCCCAAGCAUGUUGUUUUCCAUUACAAAAUUGUUAAGAAAAUGAAAAGGGUAAGAGAGAUGUUAGAAGAAAUUUCUGAUGAAAGGAAUAAGUUUAAUUUGACUGAGAUGGUUCUUGAGAGAAGUCGAGUCAUUGAGUGGCGGAAAACCACAUCAUCCAUAACUGAUCGACAAAUCUAUGGAAGAGAAGAAGAUAAGGAUAAAAUUGUAAAUUUUUUGGUUGAUGAUGCUCCUCAAUCGGAGGAUUUAUCUGUCUAUCCAAUUGUUGGUCUAGGGGGACUUGGAAAGACAACACUUGCCCAACUCGUCUUCAAUCAUAAGAAGGUAGUCAGUCACUUUGAGUUAAGAUUUUGGGUAUGUGUUUCAGAAGAUUUCAGCUUGAGGAGAAUGAUAAAAGCUAUCAUCAAAGCAGCAUCUGGGCAUGCUUGUGAGGAUUUGGAUCUUGAGCCACAACAAAGAAGACUUCAAGAUCUGCUUCAAAGAAAAAGAUAUUUGCUUGUUUUGGAUGAUGUGUGGGAUGAUAAGCAAGAGAAUUGGCAGAAGUUGAAAUCUUUAUUGGCUUGUGGGGCAAAGGGCGCUUCCAUCUUGGUCACUACCCGUCUAUCAAAGGUUGCAGAAAUCAUGGGAACAAUAAAAAUUCCUCAUGAAUUAUCUUUGUUAUCUGACAAUGAUUGUUGGGAAUUGUUUAAGCACCAAGCCUUUGGACCAAAUGAGGUAGAGCUUGAGAACAUGGGGAAGGAGAUAGUAAAGAAGUGUCGUGGAUUGCCUCUUGCUGCAAAAGCACUAGGAAGUCUUUUACAUUCUGCAAGAAAGAAACAUGAGUGGUUCAUGAAUGUUAAGGGAAGAAACCUUUUGGAGUUAUCACUCGAAGAUAACUCCAUAAUGGCUUCCCUAAGAUUAAGUUACUUUAAGUUACCAAUAAGACUCAGACAAUGUUUUGCUUAUUGUGCAAUAUUUCCCAAAGAUGAACGAAUAUGGAAGCAGCAAUUAAUUGAACUUUGGAUGGCUAAUGGAUUUAUUUUAUCCAAUGAAAGAUUAGAUGCUGAAGAUGUUGGUGAGGAUCUAUGGAAUGAACUAUAUUGGAGAUCAUUUUUUCAAGAUAUUGAGAAAGAUGAAUUUGGCAAAGUUACAAGUUUUAAGUUGCAUAAUCUUGUUCAUGAUCUUGCACGAUCUGUUACAGAAGAUGUUUGUUGUGUCACAGAAGGCAAUGAUGGAUCUACUUGGACUGAAAGAAUUCACCAUCUCUCAGAUCAUAGGCUGAGGCCCGAUUCAAUCCAGUUGCAUCAAGUGAAAUCUUUGAGGACCUAUUUAUUGCCACAUCAGCGUGGUGGUGCACUUUCUCCUGAUGUAUUGAAAUGUUAUUCUUUGCGGAUGCUUCACUUAGGAGAAAUGGAAGAAUUGCCAUCUUCAAUUGGUGAUUUAAAACAUCUAAGGUACUUGAAUCUUUCUGGGGGCGAGUUUGAAACUCUUCCAGAAUCAUUAUGUAAAUUAUGGAAUUUGCAGAUACUGAAAUUAGACCACUGUCGUAGUCUCCAAAUGUUGCCAAACAGUUUGAUAAUCUUAAAAUAUCUACAACAACUGUCUUUGAAGGAUUGCUACAAACUAUCAAGCUUGCCUCCUCAGAUUGCCAAGUUAACUUCCCUAAGGAGUUUAACCAAGUACUUUGUUGGCAAGGAAAGAGGGUUCCUUUUGGUAGAACUAGGAGCAUUGAAGCUUAAAGGAGAUCUUGAGAUCAAACAUUUGGGGAAAGUCAAAAGUGUAAAGGAUGCCAGUGAUGCCAAUAUGUCAAGUAAGCAACUGAAUAAGUUGACAUUGUCAUGGGACAGAUAUGAUGAAGAGUGGGAAUUACAAGAAAAUGUUGAGGAAAUUCUUGAAGUGCUUCACCCAGAUACCCAACAACUUCAGAGUUUGUGGGUGGGAGGAUAUAAAGGUGCUUACUUCCCACAAUGGAUAUUUAGUCCUUCUCUCAUGUAUUUGAGGAUUGAAAGAUGCAGAGAGAUAAACAGUUUGCAUGAAGCUUUACAACAUAUGACUGUCCUGCAUUCAUUAUCACUAUAUUACCUUAGAAACCUAGAAUCCUUGCCUGAAUGUCUUGGAAACCUUCCCUUGCUUCAUGAAUUGGCUAUUGGUUUCUGUUCCAAGUUGAGGAGUCUUCCAAUGAGCCUAAGCCUUGGCAGUCUGAAAAUGUUGAGGAUUUGGGGCUGCCCUGAGUUAGAGAAGCAAUGUGGGAAGGAAACAGGGGAGGCCUUGUCAAAAAUAGCUCAAUUUCCAGAAAUUAGAGUGAAUGGUUAUCUUAUAAAAGUAUUCUCAAACUUGGAGAGACAUAAAAGUUAGAUUAUUGGCGCAGACCUUGUUUGAAGAUUUAUGUGUGUUCUCCUUUUAAGUUAACUUCACAACCAUGUCUAGUUGAAGGUUUGACAAACAGGUUGCUACAAUCUUUAUAUAUUUGUAUUGUUUGUUCCUUUGUUUA